AAAUGUUAGAAUUCCAUCGCGAUAUUAAAAGUCCAAACGUUUAUUAGUCCAAACGGAACAAAACAUCCUGUCAUUGUCGUCAAUGUCAAGGAUAACUGUGUGUCGUUAAAGGUAUGGCAAAGUAAGAAGCUACUAAAUAAUUAGACGUUAAAGGGAAAGCGGUAUUUCGAAAUACGACUGCUUUUACGUGGUAAACGCGGAAAGUAUUCGGCAACAUCCUGCGUCUCGAACGUGUUGCCAUUUCCCGCGAUAAUUUUAUGAUAAUAGACGUGAUAACGAACGGUUCUAAAGUAUACGUAUAUGAUGGAAUCCAAACGAAGCAACGCACCAACAAUAACUACGUCGUCCGUCGCCGUCGGAGCGACGGACCAGCCGAGAACGAUCGUCUCAUCGACAACUUUGUCGCCUUUCUACCGACCUAACAUGACGCCGGAUAAACAAAGUUGCCAUUCUAUUGUUUAUUGUCGAAUUUGUCACGAAGCAGACGACAGUAUCGAGGAAUUAAUAGAUCCAUGCGAUUGUACCGGUAGUUUAGGUUUGAUACACGCGAGUUGUUUAGAAAAAUGGUUAUCCUCGUCAAACACCGAUCACUGUGAAAUCUGCAAGUAUGCUUUUGUGAUCGAGAAGAAGAAGAAACCUUUAUGUCAGUCAUGUUGCCAAUGGUGGAGGAGUAAAAGUGCUUAUGGACCACAAGGAAUCACAGGCGAUGUAAUCUGUUUAAUAGUACUUACGCCUCUAUGUGUAGUGGCUACUUAUUUGUGUGGAAUCGGUGCGAAUGCAUACACACGACUCGGUUUUUGGGAGGGUAUUGGUCUCGCUAUACUUUGUUGUAUGCUUGUCAUUACAUUCUUUUUAUGGCUGAUCAUUACUAUAAGGUUUCAUUGUAUAUCGUUGAUACAGUGGCGUAAACGAAAUCUUGAUGUGAAGCUGAUCGUGAAACAUAAAUCGCAAACGGCUCAUAUAAAAGCUUAUUGGAUAACCAGUAAUGAUAGAAAUAACGAUAGAUCUAAUAACAAUCCUUUCACAUGCUUUCUCACCACUUUCGGAGACAACGAUGAUUCUUUUUACAAUAUACAACAGCAGAUGACAUUCGUUUAAGCGUUUUAGUGAAAUUUUAUCAUCGUAUUAUAUUGUCAUAUAAAAAAAAAAAAAAAAAAAGAAAAAGUAAGAAGAGAAAGAGCAUAUGUAUAUUCGCAAAUAUAGUAAGGAAAGACUACAGAAGUCGCAAAAAAUGUGAGAACUCUUCCACGAUAUGAAAUAUUUUAUGAAGAAACUAUUUUUAUCGAACUGUGAUUCUUUUUUUAUUCUUAAGAAUGAAUACACUAUUAUCUUUCACUAAGGAUCACGCCGAUUUAGAAAGUAAAAAGAUUUUUUUAUUUGAAUAUAGAAAAAUCGUGUUAAUAUAAUUAUUGGUUGAUGAAAAUCUUAGAAUUGUCAGUACCUGAUCGUGUAAACAAAAUGGUUUUCUUAUAAAGCGAAAAUUUCUUAACUAUUGAUUUUAAUUAUUGCUGUUUUUCUUUAUAUUUAUUUAAAAAAUAAGAUUUCUUUAUUAAACAGUAUACCAGUAAUAUCUUAUAGCAUAACAAAAAAAUAUUUGUAUAUUUUUCUAUUGAAACGAUCUAUAAUUUUUACAAACCUAACCAUACACCACGAAAUAUUUUCAUGGAAAUUACAUAUAGUCAUGAUACCGAGGACGGGUUAAUAAAUUUUUUGUUUCAUCUUUGACCUUUUUAACAAUUCGCAAUACUUGUUGGAUAUAAUCACAGAACUUUCUUUCAUUUCUAGUAAAUGAUUACGCUUUUUAGUACGCAUUACGAAUCGGUCUUAUGUUUAACAUGAUUCAUAAUAGUUGAUCUAUAAUAGUUUGAUCGAUUAAAAAAAAAUUUUUCUUCUUUCUACGAAUUUUUUACAUACAGAAUAUUAACAAAUGCAUUGCGUAUCUCUUAACAAUGAAGAUGUCAAUUGUUAUAUAAAAACUAAAAAGAGAUAUCUUAAAAACAGAGAGAGAAAUUAGAUAUUUGUUAUCAGCUAUAUGAUUUCUAAACAAUUUAAAAUGAAUUAUUAUAUAGAUAAUGAGGUACCAGUAAUAUAUCUGAUAAACCAAUCAGCCUUUUACCUAUUAAAAAAGAAUUCGUAAUGAUGAAUAAAAAGAAAUAGCGUCAUUGAGAACAACGUUACUGUCGACUUAGCUCGUCAAGUAAGAAUUAUGCAUAGAUAUAUGGGACAAAGACAGCUGUAGGCGAAUUACAGUUUUAAAUAAUUUAACCUUAGAGACAUUCCGCCGAUAUACGUGGUUAUCAUUGUCAGCGCCAUUGGUAUCCCAUCCAUCGGCUAAGAAUCGAGAAAGUUAGCAUUUAUCAGGGUCAUUAUUAAGGUCAUCAGCUUCUUAAGAAUCGUCAAUAUAUGUUAAUAGAAUAUGGCGACCAUCGGUUGUUAUAUGCCCUUACCAUAUAUAUAGUUAUAUCUGUACUCUGAUUACUUCGACAAAUUUUUUAAACAUUUACUUUGAAUCGAUUCACGAUGAACGAAUUCAUUAAAAUUCCAUAUAUAUGCUUUAUUAUUUGGUCAUAUCAAAUGAUGAAAGAAAUUUCUUUUGAAGAUCUAAAAUAUAUAUAUAUAUAUUCAUAUAUUCAUAAAUAGCUUUCGAUAUCCUUACGAACAAUCGAUACCGAACCGCUAAAUGUUUCAAGGUACGUUAUCCAUUAUUGAAUAUUUUAUCCGUUCUAAUAAAGGGUGUCUUCAUGCUCCUUCUUUGUUAUUCGAUGUAGAAAACAUACAAAAGGAUAAUCGAAGUCGUAUGACAUCAUAUCAUUUAAUAUUUUGAGAUAUACCAUUACGAAUAAUAAUAAUUCAACAAA